GUUUAGAUCUGCUCUGCCCCAUCUGCCUGUCCCUGUUCUGGGACCCCCGCAUGCUGGAGUGCGGACACAGCUUCUGCGCCGCCUGCCUGGAGCCCUGCGUCCCCAAGGGGCAGCGCCGGGGGCUGUGCCCCGAGUGCCGGCGCCCCUUCGCCCUGCGCCGGGUGGCCCUCAACCGGGCCCUGUGCAGCCUGGCGGAGAAAGCCCGGCUGCUCAAACUGGACGAGGGGGCCCAGCCGGGCGGAGGCGGGAGCUGGUAUUUCUGCUCAGAGCACGAGGAGCCCCUCAAACUCUUCUGCAGCCAGGACGAGGGGCCCGUGUGCGUGAUCUGCCGGGACCUGCCCCAGCACCGCGGCCACGACUUCCUGCCCAUCAAAAACGCCGUCCAGAAAUAUCAGGAACAGCUCAAGGCGUCUCUGCAGCCCCUGCAGGAAGGUCUCAAGAGGCUGGUGCGGAGCCAGUGCCACCAGCAGGAGAACAUAACAGAGCUGCAGAGCUGCUCCGAGUCCCUGUUGGACCACAUCUCAGGGGAGUUUGAGAAGAUGCGUCAGCUGCUGAGUCUGCGGGAGCUGGGCCUGAAGGAGGCGCUGGAGUGGCAGAGGAAGAAGAACCUGGUACAGAUGGAAGAGAAGCUCCAGGAGCUGAAUGGGAAAGUGGCCUCCUGGACCGAGACCCUCUCCAGGGUACGCGUGGGGCUGGAGCGCAAGGACAACAUUGGCUUCCUCAAGGAUGCCAAGGAGCUGAUGGAGAGGGUCCGGGAGGGGCAGGGAGCCCAGGGGAAGGAGGCGGAGAAGCUGGAUGAGGUGGAGGCGGAAGAGGAAUUGAGAACCAGUGAUGACGACACCGACGAAUGCGAGAAAGAGGAGGAAGAGGAAGAGGAUGAGGAAGAUGAGGAACCUGAGGUGGAAGAGGAGGAAGAUGAGGAGGGGGCCGAGGAAGAAGAGGCUAAGGAGGAGGAGGACGAUGGGGUGGUUCCUGUGGACCUGAACCUCGGGGAGUUUAAGGGACCCCUGCAGUUCUACGCCUGGAAGGAGCUACUGGGGAUAGUCCACCCAGUGCCAGCCUGCAUCACCCUGGACUGCCACUCGGCCCACCCCAGCCUGGUCCUCAUCGAGGAAGCCACCGGGGUCAAGUUCAGCCCGGGCCGGCGGUUCUGGCGCCGUAAGCCCCAGCGCUUCACGGCCAGCCCCUGUGUGGUGGGGCGGGAGGGCUGCGCGGGCGGCCGGCUCUACUGGGAGGUGCGGGUGGGUGACAGCCCCGACUGGGUGGUGGGUGCCGCCCGGAGGUCCGUGAAACGCAAGAGGCGCAUCCGCUUCCGGGCCAGGGAAGGGGUGUGGGCCAUCGAGCGGCGAGGGGGGCAGUACCGGGCUCUGACGGACCCCCGCCUCGCCCUGUCCGUCUGCGGGAGGCUGGAGAAGGUGGGGGUGUAUCUGGACUUCGAAGGCGGCCAGUUGUCCUUCUACAACAGCUCCAGCUUGAGCCAUCUCCACACCUUCCAGGACUCCUUCGCGGAGGAGAUAGUUCCCUUCCUGAGCACCCAGUCCAGCGAGCCCCUCUCCAUGUGGGACCUGGAGCUCUGA